CUGCGAACAAUAAUGUAUGUUUAGAAUUUCUGCUGGAGUGAUAUACAUAUAUUGUAUAAAAUUUUUGAUCUCUCUGGUGUGUAAAUCAUUAUAAUGCCCCCAAAAAAAAAUGCUGCUGCUGGAAAAUCGAAAGGUGGAAAUGAAGGCGACAAGGGAGACAGCAAUAAAAAAGGGGGGACCGCAGUUAAAGUAAGGCACAUUCUCUGUGAAAAACAAUCCAAGAUUCUAGAGGCAAUGGAAAAACUCAAGGCUGGUCAAAAAUUUAACGAAGUAGCUACUACCUACAGCGAAGACAAAGCACGCUCUGGUGGAGAUCUGGGCUGGAUGACUCGUGGUUCUAUGGUUGGGCCAUUUCAAGAGGCAGCCUUUGCAUUACCAAUAUCGAGUAUUGGUUCACCAGUAUACACUGACCCGCCAGUUAAAACGAAAUUUGGGUACCACAUAAUCAUGGUUGAAGGAAAAAAAUAGCAAGAUAUGAAAUUACUUCGUUGUAUACACUCAACUUAUAAUUUUUAUUAAUAAAAUGAUUUCAUUUUUUCAAUUAUGAACGAA